UUGUCCGAGCCUACUGUCCCUAACCUGCCUCACUCUCUGUUUCUGGUAAAAAGGCCAAAGCAUUUUGUUUCCAAAUACCAGUACUGCCCUUACCUUAGAUUCUCCUCAUCUGCCUGAAAACCCAAAUUCACCCUUUCCUUCACCCCCUAAAUUCUUUCCUUUUCAUCUUCUUGUGUUUUGGUCCUAAACUCCUAAGACCUCAACUUCUACUUGUACUCAAUCAGACAUCAAAAGGAAAAAAAAAAAAAAGGAAAAAACUAUAGAAGCCGCUCUGGUCAUAAUACUUGGCCGGCGAGGCAAAACUGAAAACCCACUUCCUUUUUUAAUUUAAUCUUUCUUUCAUGUUCUCUUCUUUUAGCCCCUGAGCCAAGAACCAGGAACCUUCUGUCUUCCCUGAAUUAUAAAUUUUGAAAAUAAAUAAAUAAACACUUCAAAACCCAGCAAAGCUUUUGUAUAAAAUAAAGUAUUUAGUCCUGAUCAUGCCCUGUUAGUGGCUUGUUGUUUCUUUCUCACGACCUGGUCCUUCUUUCAACCAAGAAACUUUCUUUUGUUAUUUGAUUUUAACUAAUGUGAGAAGUUGUGGACAGUUGGUGACGUUGGAGCUUUCUCUUUUCUUUUUAAAGAUUGGUUCAGGUUUUAGUCUCUUUUAACAUUUCUGAUAGAAUCAAACAAAAGGGAUCUAUCUAUCCAUCUUCCUCUUCAGUCUGUAAAGACUGGUUCUUAUUUAAAAAGAGAAAGGAUCUGAAGAGACUUUCUGUGAUAGGAAUAAAAUAUGGCCUCAAAAUCAUUUAAACUUAGCAGAUCAAAUCUAUCAGUGAGUUCAGAUGCCAAUGAUUCUCAGAAGCCUCCACUGCCUCCAACUGUGACAUUUGGCCGGAGAACUUCCUCAGGUCGCUAUAUCAGCUAUUCAAGGGAUGAUCUUGAUAGUGAAUUGGGGAGUAGUGAUUUCAUGAACUAUACAGUGCAUAUACCACCUACUCCUGAUAACCAACCCAUGGAUCCAUCUAUUUCACAGAAGGUGGAAGAGCAAUAUGUAUCGAGUUCACUCUUUACGGGCGGGUUUAAUAGUGUUACACGGGCUCAUCUUAUGGACAAGGUGAUUGAGUCUGAAACAAGCCAUCCCCAGAUGGCUGGUGCCAAGGGGUCCUCUUGUUCAAUCCCAGGCUGUGAUGCAAAGGUUAUGAGUGAUGAGCGUGGAGUGGAUAUUCUCCCUUGUGAAUGUGAUUUUAAGAUAUGCCGGGAUUGUUAUAUUGAUGCAGUGAAAACAGGAGGUGGAAUUUGCCCAGGUUGCAAGGAGUCUUAUAAGAACACUGAAUUGGAUGAAGUAGCUGUGGAUAAUGGGAGGCCACUUCCACUUCCUCCACCAGGAACAGUAUCCAAAAUGGAGAGGAGGUUGUCAUUGAUGAAGUCCACGAAGUCGGUGCUAAUGAGGAGCCAAACUGGGGAUUUUGAUCAUAAUAGGUGGCUGUUUGAAACAAGGGGGACUUAUGGAUAUGGGAAUGCCAUAUGGCCAAAUGAUGGAGGCUUUAGCAAUGGAAAAGAUGAAGAAGUCGUUGAACCCAAAGAGUUGAUGAAUAAACCAUGGAGGCCACUUACUCGGAAAUUAAAGAUACCAGCUGCUAUUAUCAGCCCAUAUAGGCUGCUCAUCUGUAUUCGGGUUGUUGUCCUUGCCUUGUUCUUGAUGUGGAGAGUCUCACAUCCAAAUGAAGAUGCAGUAUGGCUAUGGGGAAUGUCAGUUGUUUGUGAGAUUUGGUUUGCUUUUUCUUGGCUUCUUGACCAACUUCCCAAGCUAUGCCCUAUCAAUCGAGCUACAGAUCUUAAUGUCUUAAAAGAGAAAUUCGAAACACCAACCCCCAGUAAUCCUACUGGAAAAUCAGAUCUUCCAGGCAUAGAUGUCUUUGUCUCUACAGCAGAUCCAGAGAAAGAACCGCCUCUAGUCACUGCCAACACAAUUUUGUCAAUUCUAGCUGCUGAUUAUCCGGUCGAAAAACUUGCUUGUUAUGUAUCUGAUGAUGGAGGUGCACUUCUAACAUUUGAGGCCAUGGCAGAAGCAGCAAGUUUUGCUAAUAUUUGGGUGCCUUUCUGUCGUAAACAUGAUAUUGAGCCCAGGAAUCCAGAAUCUUACUUCAAUUUGAAGAGGGAUCCUUACAAGAACAAAGUGCGUCCUGAUUUUGUUAAGGAUCGGAGGAGGGUAAAGCGUGAAUAUGAUGAAUUCAAGGUUCGAAUCAAUGGCUUGCCUGAUUCUAUUCGCCGCCGAUCUGAUGCCUUUCACGCUCGUGAGGAAAUUAAGGCCAUGAAACUUCAAAGACAGAACAGAGAUGAUGAACCUGUGGAGAGUGUAAAGAUCCCAAAAGCUACAUGGAUGGCAGAUGGUACUCAUUGGCCAGGAACUUGGAUGCAGUCUGCUCCCGAGCAUUCUAAGGGUGACCAUGCUGGUAUUAUACAGGUGAUGUUGAAACCUCCUAGUGAUGAACCAUUGCAUGGAACUGCUGAUGAUACGAAGAUUAUAGACUUUACUGAUGUAGAUAUUCGUUUGCCUUUACUUGUUUAUGUCUCUCGUGAGAAACGGCCAGGCUAUGAUCACAAUAAGAAGGCAGGGGCCAUGAAUGCACUUGUUAGAGCCUCAGCCAUCAUGUCUAAUGGCCCAUUCAUUCUCAACCUUGAUUGUGACCACUAUAUUUACAAUUCCCAAGCAAUGAGGGAAGGCAUGUGCUUCAUGAUGGAUCGAGGAGGUGACCGCAUUUGUUAUGUUCAGUUCCCUCAGAGAUUCGAGGGUAUUGACCCUUCUGAUAGAUAUGCCAAUCACAACACGGUUUUCUUUGAUGUUAAUAUGCGUGCUCUUGAUGGUCUCAUGGGCCCUGUCUAUGUUGGAACUGGAUGUCUCUUUAGAAGAACAGCCCUGUAUGGCUUUGACCCUCCUCGAGCAAAAGAACACCACCCAGGUUGCUGCGACUGUUGCUUUUCCCGUCGCAAGAAGCAUUCUUCUGUUGGAAACACCCCGGAAGAGAAUAGGGCAUUAAGAAUGGGUGAUUCUGAUGACGAAGAGAUGAACCUUUCUCUGUUCCCUAAGAAGUUUGGCAACUCAACAUUCCUCGUUGAUUCAAUUCCAGUGGCUGAAUUUCAAGGUCGUCCCCUUGCAGAUCACCCAGCUGUUAAGAAUGGCCGCCCACCUGGUGCUCUUACAAUUCCUCGUGACCUUCUAGAUGCAUCAACUGUUGCAGAGGCAAUCAGUGUCAUUUCUUGCUGGUAUGAAGACAAGACAGAGUGGGGACACAGAAUUGGGUGGAUUUAUGGUUCUGUUACAGAAGAUGUUGUCACUGGUUAUAGGAUGCACAACAGGGGAUGGAAAUCAGUUUACUGUGUGACCAAGCGCGAUGCCUUCCGUGGCACUGCUCCCAUUAAUCUCACAGAUAGGCUUCAUCAAGUCCUCAGGUGGGCUACUGGUUCUGUUGAGAUUUUCUUCUCCCGCAACAAUGCCCUUCUAGCCAGCCCAAGAAUGAAACUACUACAGAGGAUAGCAUAUCUCAACGUCGGUAUCUACCCUUUUACGUCCAUCUUCUUGAUUGUUUACUGCUUCCUGCCUGCACUAUCGCUCUUCUCUGGCCAGUUCAUUGUUCAGACGCUUAAUGUCACUUUCCUUGUCUACCUCCUUGUCAUCUCUUUGACUUUAUGCUUACUAGCUUUGCUUGAGAUCAAAUGGUCUGGCAUUGAACUAGAGGAGUGGUGGAGAAAUGAACAAUUUUGGUUGAUUGGAGGUACUAGUGCUCACCUUGCUGCUGUGCUUCAAGGGCUGUUGAAGGUUGUUGCAGGAAUUGAAAUUUCUUUCACCUUGACAUCAAAAUCAGCUGGUGAUGAUGUGGAUGAUGAGUUUGCUGAUCUCUACGUUGUCAAAUGGACUUCUUUAAUGAUACCACCAAUCGUGAUCAUGAUGGUCAACUUAAUAGCAAUCGCAGUCGGAUUUAGCCGAACAAUAUACAGUGUGAUACCACAGUGGAGCCGUUUAAUAGGUGGAGUUUUCUUCAGUUUCUGGGUCUUGGCUCAUCUCUACCCUUUUGCCAAAGGGCUGAUGGGAAGACGAGGGAGGACACCGACCAUUGUUUUUGUGUGGUCAGGACUUAUAGCAAUCACCAUAUCCCUCCUCUGGGUGGCCAUCAAUCCCCCCUCAAAUACUGACCAAAUUGGAGGCUCAUUCCAGUUCCCUUGAUAGGAGACCAUUUUUUCUUGUCGAGAUGCAUUUGUUCAAUGACAUUCCUUCAUUAGUUCUAUAAUUUUCUUUUGCCCUUCCCUUUCUUUCAUCUGUCAUGUUGGAGAACAGGCUAGAUAUGAUCUUGUUUCUUGUGCAACGCUUCAUGUAUGUGAAAGAUCGGCAGGACCAAGAAGGUGAAAUGCUAGUAUCAGUUUUCCAUUUUUUCAUGGAUGACUGCUUAUUGUAUUCUUUUGUAAUGUAGAAAGUUGAACAUCAAAUUAAUUACAGAGGCAACUGCCUCCAGAUUUCUUUUAUUCACUUAA